GAGAAUCAACUCCAACAAAUGUAUUCCAUAGUUCACGAAUUAAGGAUCGUAGGAGCAUAUUUGUUGCUCAUGCAAAAAGAGUAGAAACUAAGCAAGAAGUUGAUAAUUUUUUAAACCAAAUAAAGUUUGAGGAAAAAAACGCGACACAUAAUGUAUUGGCUUUUCGAUUAGAAACUUCAGACGGAACCCUUAUUGAAGAAAGUGAUGAUGAUGGGGAGAAAUAUGCAGGAGAACGUGUCUUAAAUCUUCUUAAAACAUUGAAUGCAAAGAAU